CACACCACACCUUCUCACCAUCCUCACAGAAUUCAAGAGUGUCGGUCAGUCAGACAGAGAGGCAGGGCAGACUGCUGAAAGGGGGAGUGGACACAUAUAGAGCAGAGGGGAAAAGAGGAGAAGAGAGAAAGAGGGCUAUCCACUCAUCUCCGACAGUAGGGAUAUUGAUGCACAUACUUGAGUGAAGAGGAAAAUAAAACGACAUGAGUUUAGGAGCAGCAUGUGUCUUCCUGAGGGGAGGGAAGCAUAUUGACAGAGAGCUGGCCGAUGACGAAAUUGAAGAGCUGCGCGAGGCGUUUGCUGAGUUCGACAAGGACAAGGAUGGGCUGAUCAGCUGCAAGGACCUGGGCAACCUGAUGAGGACAAUGGGCUACAUGCCCACUGAGAUGGAGCUGAUCGAGCUGAGCCAGAACAUCAACAUGAACCUUGGUGGGAGAGUAGACUUUGAGGACUUUGUUGAGCUGAUGGCCCCAAAGCUGCUGGCUGAGACUGCUGGGAUGAUCGGCGUGAAAGAACUGAAGGACGCUUUCAAAGAGUUUGACGCGGACGGAGACGGAGAGAUCACAACAGAGGAGUUACGAAACGCCAUGACCAAGCUGAUGGGGGAGCACAUGUCUCGAAGAGAGAUUGACUCUGUGGUACGAGAGGCUGACAACAACGGUGACGGGACAGUAGACUUUGAAGAGUUUGUUAGAAUGAUGUCACGCCAGUGAGGAGGACUUCUUGGAAAAAUGAUUAUUUCUCACACACACGUUUGUAUUACUAUCCUUGUGGGGAUCAAACAAUUGAUUCCCAUUAAAAUCCUAUUUUCCCUAACUCCUAACCCUAAGCCUAAAAUAGCCUUUUUCCUUGUUGGGACCGGCAAAAUGUCCCCAAAACCAAACACACACACGCACACACGCACACACACACACACACACACACACACACACACACACACACACACACACACACACACACACACACACACACACACACACACACACACACACACACACACACACACACAGGGCUGCAAUUGAUACACAGCCACACAUUAACAGAAAGAUGGAAUGUCUAUGCAAACUUCAGGAUGUAUUUAUGCAAUUUGAAAAAUGAUAUUAAUACAAUUAUUUUAUUAACACACAUAAUACAAUAAAAAUAUAUAAUACAAUAAUUAAUAACAUGACCACAAAUUAUAAAUGCUUUUUUCAAGCACAUACAUUGUUUUAUGUAAUUUGUAUAUAUAUGGGAAAUUAUGCAAUUCUAUUUGUCUAGCUUGUUUUUUGUUUAGUUUUUGAAGGUAUUCUACAAUAAAUUAUUCGUAAAAAAAUA